AUGCGGUUACCAAGAAGGAAAUUAUUAAGAGAUUUUAAAAUAGGUCGCGGUGGUAACUCUCUGAAAAUCCAACGGCAAUUUGAAGAAGAAGAAAUUAUAGUAUCUAUCGAUGUGGAAUUAUACGAUUCAGUUGGACCAAAACGUGUAAUAAGAUUAUGUGAAGGAAAACAAGCAUUUAUAAAUUCAAGUUUAAAUACGAAACUAAUUAAAUAUGAGCCUGCAGGUCCUUGUUUUCAAGUAUCUGAGAGCUGCAUGCUGGAGUUAGAUUUAGGUUAUAAAGAAACUCUCUCAAAUGUAGAACUUAUUAUAAUACCAUGUUCUGUCAUAUUCACGCUGGUGUUAAUAUUGCAAGCUAUCGAAGCUAUAAGGAAGCAUUGCAGGAAGAAACCAGAUAUAGCCAACAGACCACCAAUGCCUCUCCCACAUCAUCCAUUCUACCUGAAUCUGCUCUUCCAAAAGGAAUGUGAACUAGAAAUUCGAGAGAAGGAAGGUCAACUCUGCGAAGAAAAUAUUUAUGAAGAAAUUGAUUCGUAUUAGAGAACUGUUUAACUAUAGGUCCCGGCGGUAAUUGAACAUCCUUGGCAGUCGUUACGGUUAGUCAGAAGCCAGUAAGUCUGACACCAGUCUAACCAAGGGGUAUUGGGUUGCCCGGGUAACUGGGUUGAGGAGGUCAGAUAGGGCAGUCGCUCCUUGUAAAACACUGGUACUCAGCUGCAUCCGGUUAGA